AUGGAAACGAAGAAGAAAGUGUUGGUAGUAGGAGGAACUGGGUACUUAGGGCAACACUUAUUGCAAGGCCUUUCAGAGAUCGAAGACAGUCCAUACGAUCUUGCAUUUACUCAUCAUUCCAAUUCCACUCCUCCUCAGCCCUUGCUUGAUGCCGUUCGUCACUCCCCCUCUUUCCACGUCGAUUUGCAAACUGGAGAUGGAUUUCAAGCCAUUACACAUGAAUUUGGGCAGCCUGAUGUUGUUGUAAAUUGUGCUGCAAUUUCUUUACCUCGUGCCUGUGAAAAGGAUCCUGCCACUGCUAUGUCUAUAAAUAUACCUUCCUCUCUUGUCAAUUGGUUAUCUACCUUUGAAGGCCGAGAUACUCUUCUUAUACAUCUAUCUACUGAUCAAGUUUAUGAAGGGGUAAAAUCCUUCUACAAAGAAGAAGACGAAGCUGUUCCUGUGAACGUAUAUGGAAAAUCAAAACUGGAAGCAGAGAAAUUUAUUUCUGAAAGAUGCCUUAACUUUGUAAUUUUGAGAAGCAGCAUCAUCUUUGGCCCGCAGACUAUCUCACCCGUUCCCAAAUCUCUUCCAAUUCAGUGGAUUGAUAGUGUUCUCUCCAAAGGAGAACAGAUUGAGUUUUUCCAUGACGAGUUCCGCUGCCCCGUCUAUGUCAAGGAUGUUGUUGCUGUUAUACUUUCUUUGACUAAUAGAUGGAUAUCAGAAAGCAAGCAAAUGCAGCUGCUUCUGAAUGUUGGUGGACCGGACAGGGUGUCCCGUGUUCAAAUGGCUGAGGCUGUGGCAGAUAUUAGAGGAUACAACAGUGCCUUGAUUAAGUCAGUAUCUGCAGCAUCGGUUGAUCGUGGUGUCUUAUCCCCAGCUGACAUAUCGAUGAAUAUUUCAAGAAUAGUUCGAGAACUGCACUUUUCGCCUACUCCAUUCAGGCAUGGUGUCAAAUUGACACUAGAAACUGCUUAAAUGGAUGAAAAAUUUGUGGAAAAUUGCAUUCUUAUUCUGUAUGAGAGCUUUUGCCAAGGCUAGUAUGAGAUCGAAUUUCCAUUAAGUUUAAAAAAGAAAAAGUGUUCUGUACGUCCAUUCACUGUGGAACUCUUUUUCUCCUCGUUUCAAAUUGUAUGAAAAGAAUAAUGUAUAUUUAUAAUUCUUUGUUUCGAGAACUGAAAAUUCUAGGAAUGUAGAUUGUGCAAUUUGGUCCUGGAUGUUGUCACCAGGCUUCCGUUUCA